AGAAAUGGAAUUAUUGAGUUAUGCGCAAGGUUGUCAACCCGCGGGUCUAUCCAGACCCGGAUGAGCUAGUGGAUCAAGGGUUAAUGGGUCACCCGGAUUAGCUCGAAUUAGCCCGGAAAUAUGAAAAAAGUCAAUGUAUUAUACUUAUCCUGAAUCCAACAUAGAAAAAAUGCAACACUACACAAUUUUUUAGGGAAUUUGUGUCGAUUAUUACUGUAACUUACACAAAUUUUGGGGUUUGAAUUUGACGAAAUUUAUUUGGCUCCAAAAUGUGAACCACCCACCCAAGUUUCCCCCAUAAUUUCACCCAAAAAUUUCUCCCUUUAUUUUAUUCUUUCCCCACGACCAUCAGACCAUCUCUCUCUUUCUUGCCUCUCACCCCUUUACCCCUCUCUUUCCUUUACUUCUUCCUCUUCUCCGAACAGAGAAAAACACCGCCCCAAGCCCAGCUUCUUCCAUUGUCACGACUCUCUCCACAAAUCCUAACCAAACCUCCCUUUGUUCUCCGCGAUUAUCAAACAGGUCCAGAUGGAUCGUUGGCGGAAACUCGGAGAUCCGGCGACGACCUGACUUGCAAAGAUCCGGUGACGACCUGGCUUGCUUUCUUGCGAAUAUCGACGAGCCGAGGAAAGGAGGUCGUUUGCGGCUGGCGCGCGGUCGACGAUUGCUGGGAGGAAGACUCCGACGAUCUGCGGUGGCGGUCUAUGCUGGGGAGGACACUCCAAAAUCGAAACGGCGCCGCACAGAAAGGAGACCCGCUAACCCUCUCCCUCGGUCAAACCGCCUGGGUUAGCCGGGUUUGUCCGUGAUUGACUGGGUUUGACUAGAUCCGGGCUGAUUGUUCACUGGGCAGCUGUAGCCCGUUUUUAGGGACGGGUCCGGGUUAAUCCUGGUCAACCCGCGGGUCGACAACCUUAGUUAUGCGUAACAUGUACGGACACCUCAGCCUCAAUUGAAUUUCGGUUCAUUUUACUAAUGCUGGCAAAACUGAACCGGAGCAUGACCCGGUAAUGCGAACAGUUUGCACUUAAGUGGUCCAACCGAUAUUAGACCGUUAAAGAACCGGUACCUAAAAAACAUUAUCAGUAUAAAUAGUGGACAUUUCUUAAUCAGAGAUCGUCUCUUUUCUUCAAAAUUGUGAAAUGGAAAUAAGGAUUCGAUUUGAGAGCCCGACGUUUUUGGUUUAUUUCAAUUUUCAAUUUUCUGAAAUUUUUUUAAUUAAAUUUAACGGCUGACAUGUAUGGCAAAAACCGGACGAGCUGCUCGAUCGGCUCGAGUGAUUAACCGCCUCGGCUGCUCGUCAACCACUAUAUAAAACUGAAGCGACUUUUAGACUGUGCCAACCCGGUUUUGUGAUCAGGUGGUGGUUUUAUCGGUCGGGCCGAGCAACUCGGCUUUAAUAACACUGCAUUUUACAAUCACUGGUAAACCAUUGCCAUGUGCUACACUUCUCUAAUUCGUGUACCAUCACCAUCAUCUUAUUUAUUAAUAAUUAUCAUCCUAAUUAACAACCACUUGCUAUCCCCAUUUAUACUCGGGUUCGGUUUUAACAAAUUUGCUAAUUACAUUUAAGAAAAGAAAUCCUGUCUCAUCACAGUUCAUAACGGGAAAAACUCCACCUAAAACUUGCACCAACCGGAGUGAAUAUAUAGGGAGCAUAUGCUGCCUCCUAUAUAUCUGUGAUCAUUUCAACGGGAAGAGAUAAUUCAGAAUAUUAUCAUCAUCAACAUCAGAGAAGCCUUACACAUCCAAAUGGCCCCGUCUUUUGAGUUAGCCUCUGCUGAUCAUUUCGUUACAUCAUCGGACAGAAGCACGAUCGAGGUGUACGAGCUGAACUCGGCCAACCCUUCCAUAGUCAGAAAGUUCGACUGGGAGAAGGUAGCAGUCAUCAUUGUUGCCGCCGCCGCUGGCCGUGGACAACAUCAGGAGCUUCACCACCAGUACGACGGGCUGAAAGUGCUCAACAAAGAGAUCAAAGAUCAGGAACUGAAGAACCUGGCGGCGGAUCUCACCCAGUCCCAUUUGAUGGUCAAUCCCCACGGCAACUGCUACCUGGACGUCACGUCGACGUCAUCGUUCGUGGAUCCGACGUUCGGGGUCGAGUACUACCGGGUCAACGACAUCUUCGGUUGGUGCCGCCGAUACGGAGUCACCCCGCCGCCGGCCACCGUCACCUCCACCACAUGGAGCCAGCACCACGACAUGAUGUUCGGCGUCCCCGUGGUCGACUACGAGAGCCAGCUGAAGGCAAAGGACGACGAGAUCCGCGGUCUCGACACCGAGAUCGACGCAAAAAGGGCGGAGGUGGAAGCCGCCGCCGCCGACAUGGAACGCUGCCGCAAGUGGAAUGCCGACUUGAAGUCUGCGCACCCCUCGGUUCCUAGUGGGCCGGGGGCGAUCGUGAAACUCCAAGAGCGACGUCUGAGCGUUCUGACGGCGACGUUCCUUGUGUCGGCUGCUUCGGCGGCGGCGGCGAGGAGGCCGACGCCGGUGGUGGGUUUAGGAUUCAGAGUUCCGGAAUUCGACAAGGGCGAUGUGCCCUUCGACGGGUUUAACCUGGUGGACCAGGACUGCAGGGGACUACCCGCACCGCCGGCGGUGCGGGUGCGGACCCGUGACGGGUGGUUCGACACGCACAACUGGUGGUACGUGAUGAGCCGAAGUCAGAAGUACCUGGGAGGCAACGCUGGCAGGGUGCUGGUGUUUUACGACGGCGAUUUCAGUUAUGCGGAGGUGCAGAAUCCAAGAUGUAAUAGGCGGGAGAAAGUGCCGGUGCCGUACAAGAUGGAGGGGGAAUUCGCGGCGGACAGGAACUUCGAUCUGGUCUACUCGCCUCUCGAUGAGAUUCGAGUUGGGUUUACCUAUCGCUGGUAAAAAUCUCGCCAGACUUUGAUGGCGAAGGGAUGUCCGGCUUAAUAAUAAUCCAUGUUAAUAUUGUCUUUUUGUUUUCGCCGGACUUUGAUGGCGAAGGCAUGUCCGAUUUAUAAUAAUCCAUGUUAAUUUUGUCUUAAUAAUAAUCCAUGUUGGAUGAUAUUUACCUGCAACCUAGAUUGCAGGCUCUGCCUACAACCUCCCCACAUGGCGCCAUUUUAUUGGAUGAUGUCCUUUUAUUUUUAUCUUUCUUAAUUUUGCAUUAAAAUGUCCCAUAGAAGUGGCCGUCUCACGGCAAAUUGUAUAAUUAGUCAUUAAUUCAUUAAAUAAUGUAACUAAGCUCAAAUUAAUUGAAAACAAUAAUUUAUGAUUUUGAUUUUUCAAAAUACAUCCACUGCAUCAUUUUAGGGCAUGCAUGUUGAAGUGUACAUAAUUAGAAUUUAGGAUUCACUCAUUAAGAUUUAGGAUUUUGAUUCGUUAAAUUAGUCAGAGUUUGAAAAAUUGUACUAUAUGUAUAUCAUAAGCCCUUACACAAAAAUACCGUAAGCCCUAAUGAGUGAAACCAAAAUCCUAUUUUCUUAAUAAUAUAUGUUAAGAUCAAUUAAUUAGAAUCAUUAACAAAUGGUUCUUAUUUGUUGAAAUACAUACAACGUUAGCGUUUAGGAAGAACGUUUUCGUGGAGAUGCUAAGGUUGUUCUCGAUAAGGUGCGUAGGAGAGAAGUUCGGGACGUCAACGGUGGUAGAAUUCUUGAAGAAAUUUAGUUGCUACGUCAGCAGUAUGCUCGGUUUGAGGUGGAAUUCAUUGGUAGGCAAAACAAUUGGGCGGCCCAUUUGGUGGCUAGGAAAGCUCUUUCCUUGUUUCCUGCGGGAGUUCCGGGUUUUGAUUUUCGUGGUUGGUUUCUCUCGAGUUUAUAAACUCGUGUUGUUUGAACAUUGUUAUUUUUUUUCUUGGUAAUACAAGUUAGCUUCUGGCAAAAAAAAAAAAAACGUUUUUCUUCUUAGUUUUGUAAUACAUAUUUGUUGACGUAUUAUUAGAAAAAGUGAACAAUUUACUAAAGUGAUUAUGCCAUUUGGUGUUACUCUUCCACUUAUGUUAGCCAUUUCAAUACAAACUUAAAAAAAUAAAAUGAAAGGAAAUCAACCAAUAAAUUGCCUCCGUGUUGGGAGGUUGUAGGCGCUCCCUGCAAACUGGAUUGCAGGUAAAUAUCAUCCAUCCAUGUUUACCUACGGCCACGGAGGAUGAUAUCAUUUUCUUGUCAGCUUCGUCGGAUGGGAGGUUUUCGGCGAAGUCAGCUUAUUCCCUCCAAAACCAGAGACCGCCUGAUCCGAAUGAGGAAACCUGAAAGAUUAUCUGGAGCCUUCCUGUACCGGAAAGGAUCAGGAGUUUCAUGUGGCUUACUGUUUUGGAGAGAUUGGCGACAAAGUCUUUACUGUUCUCCAGGAAAGUAACAACCAACCAGAGUUGUAUAAGUUGCGGAGAUCCGGUCGAGUCCAUCCUUCAUAUUCUGCGCGAUUGUACCGCGGCCCGGUACUUCUGGUUUCGUCACAGCCAGGUGAGUCCACAGUCCAACUUCUUUAGCGCGGAUGAAAGCGGCUGGCUGCGUGAGAACCUUAAGAGCAACGAGCAAAUGGGCUCGGGCAUGAGCUAGGCUGCUUUUUUCAGCGUCGCAUCCUGGCUCAUCUGGAAGAAUCGGUGCACGUCAUGUUUCAAAGGUCCGAGCUCUUCUCUCUUCCCCCCAUCCCUUGAGUUUUCGAUUAUGGCUAAGUGUAAACUUUGGCCUGAGGUUUGGCAAGCUCCCUCUCCUCUUCCCAAUGGUAGAGGGUCGGUGACUGCCCGUACUACGGCGAUGGUUGGGUUGACUCCCCCGAUGCACGGUUGGUUGACUCUCAACGUUGAUGGGCCUCUAACGGAAACCCGGAGCUGCUGGAGCAGGAGGUGUUCUCCGCGACUUGACAGGUAAAUGGAUUGUUGGUUUCCUUGCGAACAUUGGGACGGCAUGCAACAACUAUUUUGGCCGAGUUGUGGGCCGUGUUUCAUGGUUUGGAUAUGGCUUGGAAAAAGGGGUGUCGGGCUGUGCGCCUUGAGUCUGACUCCCAGCUUGCGAUAUAGCUCAUCAACAAUAGAAAUGAUCCUGUUCACCCCCAUGCAACCCUUCUUUCGGCGAUCCGUAGGAAGAUUGGUAAGGAGUGGUUGGUAAGCAUCACUCAUGUAUACCGGGAAGGGAAAGAGUCGCGGACUGGCUGUCGAAGCACAGUCUCGUCUAUCCCUACGACAUACCUGAGGUUGCUAACCCACCCCCUGAGUUAGCUUCAAUUGUUAGAGAGGACGCCAUGGGUGUAUCCUUCGAGCGCCGGAUUGUGGCGCCUACUCCUCCUGUCCUGUAGGGCCCCCUGUAUUCUGUCUCUCGGCUUUUGCCUCCUUUUACGCAAAAAAAAAAUCUUUAUGUUUAUCGAUCGACUAUAGUUUAUCGGUCGAUUUUAGUUUGUCUAAUACAUAAAUGUUAAUUUAUUCCAAGUGCGGAUAUGAAUAAAGGAUAAUGUGAGGG